AUGGUGCUUAACAUACCUGGUUUGGUGGUGAUGGCCGCCUUCUACCUGGUCAUCUUGGGGACGGGCAUCUGGGCCUCCAUGCGUUCCAAAAGAGAGGAGAAGAAGUGGACCGGAGACGGCAUGGAAAUCACGCUCUUAGCCGGACGAAAUAUCAACUUGCUGGUCGGCAUCUUCACACUGACAGCUACCUGGGUGGGUGGGGGCUUCAUCCUCGGCAUCGCAGAGGCCACGUACAACCCAACGCUCGGAGCAGUCUGGGCUCUUAUGCCCGUGCCUUAUGUCGUGACCUUCUUCCUCGGUGGCUUUUUCUUUGCGAGGCCCAUGAGAGAGAACAAGUACGUGACGAUGAUGGACCCCUUCCAGCAGAAGUAUGGGAACUUCCUGAGCAGCGCCCUGAUCCUGCCCGCGCUGGUGGCCGACGUCCUGUGGGUGGCACGCACUCUGGUCAGCCUGGGUGGCACAAUGUCUGUGAUUCUGGACCUGCCUUAUGUCUACUCCAUCAUCAUCUCCUCAGUGGUGGCCAUCAUCUACACUCUGCUGGGGGGCCUGUACUCAGUGGCCUACACAGACGUGAUCCAGCUCAUCCUCAUCUUCGUCAGUCUGUGGGUCUGCGUACCGUUCCUCAUGACCAAUCCUCACUCUCUGGACAUCUCCCUCACGGCCUACAACACUACGUUCCAGGCUCCAUGGGUCGGCCAUGUGGAGCUGGACGAAGCCGGAAAGUGGUUUGACGACUUCAUGCUGUUGGCUUUGGGAGGUCUUGCGUAUCAGGCCUUUUACCAGAGGAUCCUCUCAGCCUCCUCCUACACCCAGGCCCAGGUGACCUGCUUUGCCUCUUCCGCCUUUUGCCUGGUGCUAGGCAUCCCCUCCAUUCUGGUGGGAGCAGUGGCGGCUUCUACAGACUGGAAUUCAACUGCAUAUGGUUUGCCCACACCAUAUGAGCGAAACCAGGCUGGCUCCAUUCUGCCCAUUGCCCUACAAUUCCUCACUCCAAUGUAUGUGUCCGUGAUCGGGAUCGGAGCUGUGGCAGCAGCGGUCAUGUCAUCCAUGGACUCAGCGCUGCUCUCCUCAGCCUCUCUGUUCUCCUCCAACGUUUAUAAAAACAUAAUCCGCAAGCAGGCGUCGGAUAACGAGAUGCAGUGGGUUAUUAGGAUCUCUGUGAUAGCAGUGGGCGUGGCUGGCACCGCCCUCACCUUCCUGGACAGCAGUGUCCUAGUGUUCUGGCUGGUGGGCGUUGACAUGUCGUACACCAUCAUGUUUCCUCAGCUGGUCUGUGUCUUGUUCUUCGAAGUGUCGAAUGGUUACGGGGCCACAGUGGGAUACCUCAUGGGCAUCGUCCUCCGGAUUCUGAGCGGGGAGCCCCUCAUUGGUCUUCCUCCAAUCAUUCAGUUCCCCGGCUGCCGGCUCGACAAAGAGGGGAGGAUGACACAGUUCUUUCCUUUCCGCACUACCAUAAUGGUCAUCUCUUUGGCCUCAAUUCUGCUUCUCUCUUGGAUUACUUCCAUUAUCUUUAACAAGGGUCUUCUAGAUGACAAAUGGGAUGUGUUCAAAACCAAGCGAAUGCAGAAACCAGCGGCUCCAAUCACUGACAAGACCAACUCUGAAGGAAGAGAGGGAGCAGAGGACAAGCAGCUCUUGAGCACUACCGGCUGCUAG